GUUGUCUCGUAUGGGAUAGAUUUAUAUAUUUUGUCGAGCCUUGUUUUGCCUCGUUGUGAUGUGUGAGUGAACGCUCUAGGGUUUUAGAGAAGUAAAGAGAAGCUCCGUUCCGCAGCCAUGGCGAUCGUCGCUCAACCAGAGGUGAAGCUUUUCAACAGAUGGUCUUUCGACGAUGUCCAGGUUGGUGACAUAUCUUUGGUGGAUUACAUUGGUGUGGUUCCAUCCAAGCAUGCAACCUACGUACCACACACGGCUGGGAGGUACUCUGUCAAGAGAUUCAGGAAGGCUCAGUGCCCCAUUGUGGAGAGGUUGACCAAUUCCCUGAUGAUGCAUGGAAGGAACAAUGGUAAGAAACUUAUGGCUGUCCGAAUUGUGAAGCACGCCAUGGAAAUUAUCCAUCUUCUCACAGACCAAAAUCCUAUUCAAGUUAUUGUUGAUGCUGUGAUAAACAGUGGGCCAAGAGAAGAUGCAACUCGAAUCGGUUCUGCUGGUGUAGUGAGGCGUCAAGCCGUUGAUAUUUCUCCCUUGAGACGUGUUAACCAAGCAAUUUAUCUUCUUACAACUGGUGCCCGAGAAAGUGCCUUCAGGAAUAUCAAGACCAUAGCAGAGUGCUUGGCAGAUGAGCUCAUUAAUGCUGCCAAGGGAUCAUCCAACAGCUAUGCCAUAAAGAAGAAGGACGAGAUUGAACGAGUUGCCAAGGCCAACCGUUGAGAGGACCUUCGGUGGGUAUUUAUUAUUUGAGGGGGGAUGUAUUUGAUCGUAAGAAAUUUGGUUUUUUGUGUCAGUCUUAUUCAUUUCCUUUUCAAUAGUUAGGUUGUCUGAGUAUACAAGAGGUUCGUUUCCAGUUUUGUUGGCUAUUUUUCUCUUUUCCCCAUUAGUGGUUUUGGUUUCGUAGACAUUAUUCAAUGCCAAUGAUGAAUUUUUGGCUUAAUUAAUUGUCAAAAUUUCCAAUACUGCAAAUAAGACCGUUCAUUCACGUUGUAACCCCAAAUUCCCUUCUUUGGGUGGAGGCUCGAAUUGCAGAUGGAUUAAUGA